AUGUCAGUUGAUCGGUAUAGUGGAUCCAGUGCUAGCGUAUCCGGCGCUAGCCAGAGUGAUGUCGAGAGACGCAGCUCGAGUCCUCUGACAUCCCCGCCUUCUUCCCAUCAAUCACCUUCUCCCUCAAAGCAGAGUAACCACACGCCUUCGUCCUCCCCACCAAAAGAACAGUCUGGCAACCAAGCUACAUUGCAAGCCCCUCUACUACUCGAGACGACCUCUGCUCAAAACCUUAACGCCUAUACAACUGCUACAGCCGAUGAUGCCAUAGACCCUGCCCUCAAGGGCCUUUCCGAUAGCUUCCCUGCUGGACCCGAAGAUCUGCAAGUUCAGGACCCGGCAUUGGAUGACUUUUCGUGGCUCCCCGACUUUGCGCCCAACAACCAGUCUCCAGCCGCUGUCAGCGGCGGUGCCAACCCUCUGUGGCCUAUCAAUACCGCUUUCAACUCUCUGCCUUCUACCCAGCCACCAUCGUCUACGAGCGAGUCACCCUCUUCCCCUCUUGCUCGAAGAGGUAGUGCAGACUGGUCGAACGGCGAUAACGCUACUGAUCUGGAAAGUCUUAUUGCUGGCUCUGUUGAAAAGCAAGGCGGCAAUGCCGGCAAAAGCACCAACAUCAGAGAGAGUGCCGCCAGUAGCGAGAGUGGAUUCGAGACAGGGAGGGAUGAUGGGGUGCCCCCUCCCAAAAAGAAGAGUCACGCGAGAAAGCAACCCGAGGGCCACAUCAAGCGAGCUCGAAAUGCAUUCAUCCUCUUCAGGAAACAUAUCACCGACUCCAACCUCAUUCCUCCGAGCGUGGAGGUCAAGCACCAGAACAUUUCUGUCGUGGCGGCUAAAAUGUGGAAAGAAGCUCCGCAAGAGGUACGUCAAGAGUUUCAAGAAAAGGCUCGCCUUGAGAAGGAAGAGCAUCAACGGAAGUACCCAGGAUACCGAUACCAGCCCGUCUUUCGUCGUACUGACAUCAUCCGCCGCCGGGUGAGGAAGGAUCCUGCUGAAGAUGAAAAGGUCGAUGCCGUGGCCGAUGCUUUGAUCAAGGGGAAGGCAGGUGGCGAGCUGGAAAAGGAGAUCAAAGAUCAAUUGGUCACAAGGAGCGAUGCUAGCGAGAACGAGUCGGAGACCUCUACGAAAAGUCGAAGCCGCCGAAGACGCGAAGUUGGACAGCUUUCCAAAGGUGCCGUCCGUGCCCAAAGAGCUCAAGCCCGUGCCAAGCAGAUGCGCCAGAACCUUCUCGGGUCCAAUUUGCUCAACAUGUCUCUCUACAACGCCGCCAACGCACGCCUCGCAUCCUCGACUGGCACGAAUGACUAUCAUGCUCGGCAGGAUGCUGCCGCCGCUGCUGGCAUGUCUCCCCCCAAUGGGGCCAUGAACGGGCCUCAUGGGCACACCCACCCAGGCAUGCAGUACGCCAUGGACUCUUACAUGCAGAUGGGCUAUGGCAUGGACGGCCGACCACUCCAGAUGGGUGGCAGCUAUUCAGGCGAAGCCUACGGAGGUAUCGCUCAAGGCGGUCCGGCACCCACGGGUGUUGAGAAUGAGAUGUACCGCCUGCCUCCUAUAGAUGGUAUGAUGGGUGUCGGCAACGGGUACGAAUGGCAGGCGCCUCCUGGAAUGGACUACUGGGAGCAAGGCGGUGUGGCACCAGACAUUGCCCCUCCUCCCCAGCAAGGCUAUGCAAUGGAAGAGGGUUAUUAUGCGCCAGGGUACGAGAUGGAGGGCGUUCCUGCCCAGCACAACAUGGAAUACCGACUACCUCCCUUGAUGGAAGCUUCGAGGGAAGAUGGACGAUCUUUCGCUGAAAGAGCCCCUGGAGACCUCAUCGCUAAUGCCUACGCUCAGGGCGAGAACGAGUCCAGGGACCUUCCAAGUAUGCGACAGUGGACACAUGAGGGCCAACAGACCCCCUCCAACCAUGUCAUGUUCAGCGAGCGACUAUUCGAUGGAGCACUUGGUAGUGCAGGGAUACCGGAGAGACCGGAAGGAGAUGACGCUUUGGGAAUAUUUGAUCAGGCUAUGGAGCAUGCGGGCGAGGUGGCACAGUGGUGA